AUGGAUGAACUUAUUAUAGUAUACCACUUAGAAAACGCGCAGCAAUUUUGGGCUGAACUUGAGGACAUCCUCAUAAGAGGAGAACAAAACAUUGAAGCUGCAAAAGCUUGCUUAGAUGAGUACGUUGGGUUUCUUUCGACGUUCCAAGAUGAAUAUCUUGAGACCGAGUCAGAUUUAGCUAUUUGUUGCUUUAAAUUAUUUGACUCUCGCAUGUACACAAAAUAUUUUGAGAUAUUGUUAGGACGUAUAAUUGAUCGAGCUGCGCUACGUGAUAACCUUAAAGAGUUGUGGGUUACAUAUCAUAUGCUGCUUUUGCUUUUUGCUGGUAAGGAAAACUUGCAAAUAUUCAAAGUGAUGAUAAAUAGAAGAAAAAAUGAAUUCUUCGAAAAGUUGAGAAUGCAUAUAUGGGAAUUGGAAGGAAACAGAAUUCAAAAGAUUUCCAUACAAUUAUUAUUUGAAAUUUGUUGUAUUCAAAGAUUAUCAAUCUGUAAUCUCUACAUGAUCGAUGAACUAUUAAUAAAUUAUUUACUCGAUCUGGUUGAAAAGACAAGAGAUGAACAUGAUGAGACAUACAAUUAUUCUAUAAUAAAGUUAACUUUGUCAUUCAAUGAACAAUUUAUGUUGACUAAUAUAUUACACGCUAGUGAAGAAGAUGGAGUUUGUGAUCACGAUAAAGAAUCCAAUAUCAACACAGUGAUAAGUGUUCUUGCCGCUCGUAUUGGAACCAGUAAAACAUUUGGCGAGAAUGUCAUUUUUAUGCUUAAUCGUUGUGUUGAACCACGCAUUCAAAUGCUUAUACUGAAAUUACUUUAUCAGAUUUUCACUACACCAGAAACUUACGAGUAUUUUUACACCAAUGACCUGAUGGUACUUGUUGAUGUAUUUAUAAGAGAAUUAUAUGAUUUACCGGAAGAGAGUGAAGCGUUACGAAACACUUAUCUUCGAGUAUUGUAUCCUUUAUUAAAAAAUACACAAUUGUUUAGAUUGAGAUACAAACAACAUCAAAUUUAUAGCCUACUUCUUGAUUUGAUUGGUACAAUUGAAAGAAACUAUAGAACAAGUUCAUCUACAACACGAAGAUUAGUUCAAAGAUGUUUACAAGUAGAAUAUUUAAGCGGAAUUGUUGCAAUGUCAACUCUACCUCCAUCGUCAUCUUCAUCGAAACAGAAUAAUUGCUAUACAAACAUGAAGCUUAAUUUGGUUAUGAUAGUGGCUAUACUCGGCCUGUCUGUCGAUGCGGCCGUUCACAAAGUGACCUUGAAGAAAGUUUCUGAGACUCCUUCUCAAAAGUUUCAUCGGUAUUCACAGUCCGGAGAGUAUUUAACUCAGAAAUACUUUAGUAGUUCGCGACGUUUGCAACACACAAACAAAUUAGUUACUUCAAGUUUUGAUAUUGAGCACGGUGUACCUCUUACAAACUUUAUGAAUGCACAGUAUUUUGGGGAAAUUUCACUUGGAACUCCGCCACAAAAAUUUACGGUUAUUUUUGACACCGGUUCGUCAAAUUUGUGGGUUCCAUCAACUCAUUGUUCAUCCAUCGCAUGCUUCCUUCAUCGCCGUUUUGAUUCCAAUAAUUCCAGCACUUUUAAAAAGAAUGGCACUGCAUUUGCUAUUCGAUAUGGAAGUGGUAGCUUAGAAGGCAUUAUUAGCAACGUAAUUGGUGAUAUUGAAGUUGAGAAACAAGAUUUCGGAGAAUCCGUCAAAGAACCUGGUUUAACUUUUGCGUUCGGCCGAUUUGACGGUAUCUUUGGUCUAGCUCACGAUAAAAUCGCGGUUCAGGGGGUUGUACCUCCAUUCUAUCACAUGGUGAAUCGUAAAAUUAUUGACGAGCCAAUUUUCUCUUUUUGGCUUAGUGAUGCUGAAAAGAACAAAGAAGUUGGCGGUGAACUUGUUUUUGGUGGAUACGAUGAAUCUCGUUUCACCGGUGACAUUCAUUGGGCCGAUGUUCGCAGACCUUUCUACUGGGAAGUGGAACUUGAAAAAGUAAUAUUCGGUGGAGAUGAAGUAGAAUUUGAAGACACAGGAGCUGCUAUUGAUACUGGAACUUCUCUUAUAGCUGUACCCACAGUGAUUUCGGAUUUGAUUAACAAGAAAAUUGGAGCAAAGAAAAACUUCUCUGGUCAAUAUAUUCUUGAUUGUGAUAAAGUAAAAGGCCUGCCUGAGUUUACUUUAUUCUUUAAUAAGAAACCUUUCAAAUUAACUGGUGAAGAUUAUAUCUUGAGAGCUCAAAAUCAAUGCAUUUCUGCUUUUAUGGGUAUGGACAUUCCUGAACCUCUUGGUCCUAUUUGGAUUAUCGGUGAUGCUUUCCUCCGCAAAUACUACACUAUCUACGAUCUUGGAAAUAAACGAGUCGGCUUUGCUGAUUCCAAGUAA